CCUCCCCUCGCGCGGGGCUGCGGGCCCCGCCCCCCGUGGGCGGCCCCUCCCUGCUGGCGGUGCCGAGCAGCCCCUGGCCGCCUGGCUGGACGAUAAGAGGCGGUGGGGGCCGCGCCCAGCUAGCGCCGAAAGGCUCGUAUCUGCGCCCGAGCGGCGGCGAGGAGACGGCUGAAGGGAGCGGAACUAACAGCAGCUCGGCCCUUGCCUGGCUCCCCUUGGAUUUAUAUGCAGUUGGGGGGGUUAUUGUUCACCCUGCUGGAGGAAGAGAAGUGGCCGCGGGGUGAUCCGUGUUCUCGUUCCCCCACCAUGUGCUCAGUGAACGAGGGCAGCAGCACGGACCCCCUGGUAGCCCGGUGCAGGCAGCUGGAGGAGACCGUGGAGAAGCUGCACCUGGAGAACAAGAACCUAAAGAGCAAAGUGCCUCGGUACAAAGCCAUCUGCAACCUGUAUCACGAGUCCGGGCAGCAGCUGAAGCACCUUCAACUGCAGCUCUCCGCCAAGGAGGCGAUGAUCGGGGAGCUGAGGGCGAGCGUGGCCAAGUACCAGGCUGCCCAGCUGGGAGCGGCACAGGAAGAGGAGCAGCAGCCGCCGCCACCUGGGGGAAAGUUUGUGGAACCUGCUAAAUCUCUAGUGGAAAGUUUAAUAGAUCAGCUCGGCCAAAUGAAGCAGCAGCUUAAAGACAGCGAGAGAAUUUCAGCACAGAAGGUGGAAACUUUGAGCCAGGAAGUGCAGAAGCUGAAUCGGCAGCUAGAAGAAAAAGACAGAGAUAUACAGCAGAUAAUAAGCCAGCCACAGUAUGAAAAAGAGAGAGAAAUCUUACGACUCCAGAGAAGCUUGGCAGAAAGAGAGAAAGUCCAGGCCACAAGUGAAGUACUGUGUCGUUCACUCACUGAUGAAACUCACCAACUUCAACGUAGAUUGGCAUCCACAGCAGAAAUGUGUCAGCAGCUGGCAAAAUGUCUAGAAGAAAAGAGAAAAGACAGAGGGUAUUUAGAGGAGCAUAGUCAGACUGAAAGAUCCAAUCAGCUACAAUUUUCAGAGAAUAAAACUUCACCUCAAACAAUUAUUUGCCAACUACAGGAGGAAAACAGGAAGUUACAACAAAAAGUGUUUCAUGUGGAAGACUUAAAUACAAAGUGGCAGGCAUAUGAUGCUAGUAGAGAAGAAUAUGUGAAACGACUCCACCUGCAGCUGAAAGAACUGAAGUCUCAACCCGAACAGCAAAGAAAUUCAGAGCUGAUGCAGAAGGAGAUUUCUCGGUUGAACAAAUUACUGGAAGAAAAAAUGAAUGAAUGCAUUAAAGUAAAGCGAGAGUUAGAGGAUGUGAAGAAGGCUAAAGAUGGAGAUCGUGAACGUGUACAAAUGCUGGAGCAACAGGUCCUUGUUUACAAGGAUGACUUCACAUCUGAAAGAGCAGAUCGAGAGCGUGCACAAAGUAAAAUACAGGAACUUCAGGCAGAAGUUGCUUGUCUACAGCACCAGCUAACCAGGAGACAGGAAUCAAGAGAGACAACUGGUCAUGUUAGAGUUCACACUGGGAAUCAAAAUCAUCGUGUGUAUGUACAGACAAAUGUUGAACAUCUACUGGGCAACAGCCAAGUCCAGUCAGGAGUGAGGAGAACAGGUUCACAAUCUGAACAACCUGCUACACGCACAGACAGUGGGAGUUCAGGAUCAGAGAGAAGAGGACAGGGUGAACUUCAGUGCCCUCAUUGCAUGAGGUUCUUCAAUGAUGAACUCAGUGAUGAAUUUCUCAGACAUGUUGCUGAAUGUUGUCAAUAAUCUGACCUGAGAAGUGCAAUCAAAUAUCAAAUCAACCACUACUUGAUACUGAGAAAAUGGCACUUUGAGAUGUAUACUACAGUACCAAUUAAUGUUGGUUAUAUUUUUAAUAUUUAUCCUCCAGUUUGGAUGUUUGACUGACUUAUCUAAGCAUAAAUUCAGUGCUUAGUUUCAGCAUCGAAUCUCUCUGAUUUGAGGACAGGUUAGUGAAAGAAGUUAAUUGAUUACUAAUCUACAAUAAGUAAGGGCAAAAAAAAAUGAAGUAAUUCAUUUUAAAUGGCCAUAAUGUGGGAUGUUAGGAACCAGCACGAUGAGAAAUGUCUACCUCUUACUUCAUUCCACCACCUGUUGGACCGCAUAAGAGACUUCAACAUAAAUCAAGCCAUUUUGCAAUGAAUGGAAAUAUACAAAAUAACACUCCAACAAAUGAGUGUAACAAAUGCAAACCUGCUACAAGCCAAAAGUGCUGAAGAGCACAAAAGUUGUGGAUGGGCUCAGAGCAGACAGACUUACAAGCAAAAGUCUGAUUCUUUGUACUUGUGGCAAACCGAAAUAUUUAUAAAGGGUAAAGAGUGACAGUAUCUUAACUGGAUUUGAAAUCGGUAUACCUUCCUUUUCACAGAUACAGCCCUAUAGGGAAGAGUGGCCAAAGGGAGGGGCGGGGGAAGCUUCACUGUGCCAUAUGUGGGGUACAGUUGAAUAGAGGCAUCUCACUUGUCACUACUUUGAGUCUUUUAGGCAUUUUAAUACAACAGAACGAAAUCAAUCAUGUCUCUGUCUGACCGAGCUUUUAUAUAUCACUUGCAUUGAAUGUGAGGAAAAUGUUAAGGUACUAGUUACUCUGAUCUAAACCCUCUCUUUUUGCACUGAAACAUAUUGCACAAGAAAGUGACUGUACAUACGUGAAUACAGAUUGUAUACAAAUAUUUUUAAAUGGUCAAACUUUUAUUUUUAUAAUAAAAUAGUGGUGGUGUAGUUGCUUACUGGGUUAGUAAUAUAUUUCAGUGAAAACUUCAGUGGAAAAUAGUUUAAAUGCAGCUGGACUUAAUUUCUGGCUGACUGUUACAGCUUCCAAUAAGAGUUCCACAUUACUUUAUACAUAAGCUACUGUUACAUGAAAUAGAUUCCUUAUCACACACUAUUUUCUAAGAGUAAGUGUUAAGUAAUUGGAGAGGAAGGACGAGCUUGGGCUUAAGGUGCUUGUUUGGGAAAUAGGUUUUCUCCCAAGAUCAAUUCCUUCCAUGCCACAGACUGAGGAACUUGCACAAGGUACUUACCUCCUCUGUGCCUCAGUUUCCCAUCUGUAAAAGAGGGAAAAUAGCAUUCUCUGCCUCAUAGAGCUCUUGAGACUAAAGAGUAAAGAAUGUGAGGUGCUCAGCUACUGUGGCAGUGGGGGGCCAUAUAAGAACCUAACAGAUACAUAGAGCUUGGUCUUGGAAAAAAUGUACCUCACCCUGACAAGGCUGCAGUCUAAGUAAAGUGGGUAGGUGAAAAGCCCUGCACCACCAGGCUGUCUCCCAAUUAAAGGAACAUCAUUCAGUACUGUAUAGUGUGCGUUUUGCAUAUCAUCAUUAUCCUAGCUUCACUUCGUUCCUCUCCUCUCAUCCCCAUUUCCUUUAACAGGUCAGGAUAGACAAUGUCAGACAAGCUGUUUCUCCUUGCUGUAGUGUACUUGUCUGUCUUUUUGCUCUGCCCUGCUCCCAACAUGUCCUAUUAACUGCCGUCAUAUGCCCAUCACAGUACUUGGAAAUACUAGGUAUCUCAUAACUAGACAACUCGUAAUAAGAGACUGAAGGGAAGGAGACACACU